CAAAAAUGCAAAACCCGCUUUAAAACAACCUCUCUCUCUCUCUCUCUCUCUCUCUCCUCCUUCAUGCAGCUUACACUAUAACUAAAGCAAUCCGAACCCCAAUCCCGACCGAAAAAAAUGAACCCCUCCACACUCCUCCUCAUCUUCCUCUCCCUCUCCCACAACCUCGCCGCCGCCGCCGCCGCCGCUUCCCACCUCGCCGGAGGCCAAUGGAAUAUUAUUGAGCCGAGCAUCGGCGUGUCGGCCAUGCACAUGCAGCUGCUUCACAACGACCGAGUCAUCAUCUUCGACCGGACUGAUUUCGGCCGGUCCAACCUCUCUCUGCCCGCCGGAGGAUGCCGAGACGACCCCAAUGACAUUGCUCUCAAGCACGACUGUACGGCGCACUCCGUCGAGUACGACGUCGCCGGAAACUCUUUCCGGCCGCUCAAGGUGCUCACAGACCCCUGGUGCUCCUCCGGCACCGUGGCUGAAGACGGCCGGUUGAUCCAGACCGGAGGGUUUAAUGAUGGGGACCGGACCGUUCGGGUUUUUCAGCCGUGUGGUGAUGGGGGGUGUGAUUGGGUGGAGAAGCCAGCUGAGCUCGCCGUUAGACGAUGGUACGCUGAGAAGUACGCCACAAGCCAAAUCCUCCCCGACGGGCGCGCCAUCAUCGUCGGCGGCCGGCGUCAAUACAACUACGAAUUCUACCCAAAGUACUCCACCUCCCCCUCCUUCUUCUCCCUCCCUUUCCUCCUACAAACCUCCGAUCCCGAAGAGAACAAUCUUUACCCUUUCCUCCACCUCAACGUCGACGGAAACCUCUUCAUCUUCUCCAACAACCGCGCCAUUCUUCUGGACUACAAAUCCAACAAAAUCCUCCGAUCUUACCCCUCCAUCCCCGGCUCUCACCCCCGAAACUACCCCAGCUCCGCCUCCUCCGUCCUCCUCCCCUUAAACCCCUCCGCAACGGAAGCCCAAGUCCUCAUCUGCGGCGGCGCUCCCAAGGGUUCCUAUGUCCAGGCCUCCCGCAACGGCACGUUCCUCAAAGCCCUGAGCACGUGCGGGAGAAUCAAGAUCACCGAUCCAUCCCCGGCGUGGGAAAUGGAGGAGAUGCCUGCGGCGAGGGUGAUGGGGGAUAUGAUUCUCCUCCCCACCGGUUUCGAUGUUCUGAUCAUCAACGGCGCGGGGGCGGGGACCGCCGGAUGGGAGCUGGGCCGCGAACCGGUUCUCGGGCCUAUUAUUUACCGGCCCGAAAUGCCGGCCGGGUCACGAUUUGUGGUCCAGAGUGAAUCGGUAGUCCCGCGGCUUUAUCACUCCUCGGCCCUGCUGCUGCGCGACGGGCGGGUAUUGGUGGGUGGGAGCAACCCGCACGUGAGGUAUGAGUUCGCCGGCGUGCAGUACCCGACGGAGCUCAGCCUGGAGGCUUUCUCGCCGGAGUAUCUGUUGCCGGCGGCGAGCAAAUAUCGCCCGGAAAUAGAAUGGGAUGGGAGGGAGGGUUUUGAGGUGAGGUAUGGGGAGGAGUUUGGGGUGAGGUUUAGGGUGGGGGAGUUGAAGGGGAUGGGUGGGGUGAGGGUGACAAUGGUGGCGCCGGCGUUUGCCACGCAUUCGUUUUCGAUGAAUCAAAGAUUGAUUGUGUUGAAGAGUGGGGCGGCGAUGAAGGGGGAGGGAUAUUAUGAGGUGAGGGUGGAGGCGCCGGCGACGGGGAAGGUGGCGCCGCCGGGAUUUUAUAUGGUGUUUGUGGUGAAUGAAUGGGUGCCGAGUGAGGGGGUGUGGGUUCAUCUUGGGUCUUAAGUGGCCUUUGCUUGAUGAGUUUUGUUCAUUAGAGUGGUCUGGUAAAUUAUUUGUUGGGCGAAUUGAGCUUCUUAUAUAUAAACAAAACUAAAUCUAUAUACAAAAAUACCUCACAUGUACUUAUGGUAUGGACCCCCUAUUUAUAAAG